GGUUUGUGCAACCAACUGCACAACAAGACAUGAUUGCGGCUCUUUUUGGUCUCGUCUCUUUCUGCCAAUGACAUGCGCGUAGAGCGGGGAAUGACGUAGAGUGACGUAGACUGAUAAUCCCUCUAUGGCACAGCAUGCUAUUAUACCACAACAUGCUAAUAUAACGCGACACUGUUAUAUACCACAACAUGCUAACAUACCACAACACGCUAAUAUACUGUACAGUGACACGGUUCUAUACCACAACAUGCUAAUAUAUCGCGACACUGUUCUAUAGCAGAACAUGCUAAUAUAGCAGAACAUGCUAAUAUACCGCAACACUGUGUAAACCAAAACAUGCUAAUAUAUCGCAUCACUGUAAUAUAGCACAACAUGCUAAUAUACCACAUCAUGCUAAUAUACCGCAACACUGUUCUAUAGCACAACAUGCUAAUAUACCGCGACACUGUUCUAUAGCACAACAUGCUAAUAUACCGCAACACUGUUCUAUAGCACAACAUGCUAAUAUAUGCGACACAGUUCUAUAGCACAACAUGCUAAUAUACGCGACACAGUUCUAUAGCACAACAUGCUAAUAUACCGCGGCACAGUUCUAUAGCACAACAUGCUAAUAUACCGCAACACUGUUCUAUAGCACAACAUGCUAAUAUACGCGACACAGUUCUAUAGCACAACAUGCUAAUAUACGCGACACAGUUCUAUAGCACAACAUGCUAAUAUACGCGACACAGUUCUAUAGCACAACAUGCUAAUAUACGUGACACCGUUCUAUAGCACAACAUGCUAAUAUACGCGACACAGUUCUAUAGCACAACAUGCUAAUAUACGCGACACAGUUCUAUAGCACAACAUGCUAAUAUACGCGACACCGUUCUAUAGCACAACAUGCUAAUAUACCGCGACACUGUUCUAUAGCACAACAUGCUAAUAUACCGCGACACUGUUCUAUAGCACAUCAUGCUAAUAUACGCGACACUGUUCUAUAGCACAACAUGCUAAUAUACCGCGACACUGUUCUAUAGCACAACAUGCUAAUAUACGCGACACUGUUCUAUAGCACAACAUGCUAAUAUACGCGACACAGUUCUAUAGCACAACAUGCUAAUAUACCGCGACACAGUUCUAUAGCACAACAUGCUAAUAUACGCGACACCGUUCUAUAGCACAACAUGCUAAUACACCGCGACACCUUAAUGAGCUGAGGGCUCCUAUCCUAGGGGACUCCCCAACACUCACUUUGAGUCGAGUGCAGGAAGCGUGUUUACAGACGGGGGGACACGCAGUGUUGACAUGUUGUCUGAUCGGCUAGGGCCCCGGGGACGGCAGGCCUGGCCUCAGGUCCAUUAGCCGGCUCAGUAUUGAUCCGAACCGGGGCACUUACUCCCGGGCCCUGGGCGGGGCCCGGGAAUAAGGAGACUCCGAAGGAGCGUCUCCACACAGACUCACACAGCCGGGACUGACGCGGUGAGAGAAGCUUCCCUUGUUUCUGGACGGUCGGUGUGGACUUGAUUCCAGGAGAAUGCCGUCAGAUUUGAAAACCCUUGGGGCGGUGGAGAUGGUCCUGGGUCUGGUGGACCUCUCUCUGGGGGGCGGUCUCAUCAAGGUGCCCACCUUCUUCAAGAAGGAGCUGUUUGUGGUGUUCAUCGCCGGGGGUCUGACGCUGUUCACCGGCUUCACCCUGGUCUGGGGCGGGAGGAGGCCGUCCUACUGCUGUGCGCGCUACAACGUGUCGUCCAACCUGGCCACGGUGCUGAUCUGCGCCGUGGCGUUCGGCACGCUGGUCCGCCACGUCCCGUACCGGCAGCACAAGUACUGCAAGGACUACUACUGCGGCUCGCUGGACGGCCACAGCGUGGCGCUGAUCAACAGCCUGAUGGCCGUCCUGGUCGCCUGCUUCCUGAUGCAGACGCUGGUCAGCCUCGCCGUGGUUCUGAUUGGCCUGUACUUCAUGCUGGGGGACGGCCCACAGGACCUUGAGGCCCCCCCCUGUGGGACCAGCACCACCGCUGAGCCCCUCUUCCUCAUGGGGGACCCCAGCUACGCUGAGCCAAUCAGAGUCAGUGGCCCCUUCAGCCAGCCCUACCCAGAACCAAUCAGAAUCACAGGACCGUUCAACCAAGACUGCCCAGAGCCAAUCAGAUUCCCCGGCCCAGUCAACCAGAACUACCAGGAACCAUUCAGAAUGAGCGCACCGUGAAACCAGGAAGACCCAGAACUAAACAGAACUGUAACCCAGGACAGACAGACAGACAGACAGACAGACAGACAGACAGACAGACAGACAGACAGACAGACAGACAGACAGACAGACAGACAGACACACAGGCAGACAGAAAGACAGACAGGCAGACAGACAGGUAGACAGACAACCUAUUAGUCAUAAGGUGUGUGAUUGUUGAUUCUAAAUAAGAGAUCCUGUCCAGUUUUAACUUAUUGUUUGAGUUGUGGUUUAAAUCUGCUGUCUGAGACGAAGGUUUGUUCUGAGAUUGUUUUCUACAACAUUGUCUCCGUAUCCGUCUCUGUCACGUUGCUUCACUUGCAGGUGAUGCGUCGCUACUCUUCCAACGGUGUAUGUAUGACAUUUUUAGAGUUACAGUCACUCAAUUAAAAGAGUCACAACAAAAUGUAAA